AUGAAAGUCUCUGAUAAUGUUCUACUGAUUCUACAGAUCAUCUUUUAUGAAGACAGAGGCUUUCAGGGACGCUCCUAUGAGUGUAGCACUGACUGCCCUGAUCUGUCGUCAUAUUUCAGUCAUUGCAACUCCAUUCGAGUGGAAAAUGGAAACUGGGUUCUUUAUGAGUUUCCCAACUACAAGGGACAUCAAUAUUAUCUAAGAAAAGGUGAAUACCCUGACUUUCAGCAAUGGAUGGGUUUCAAUGACUCCAUUAGAUCCUGUCAUUUAACUCCUCAACAUCGUGGACCUUUCAUAAUCAGAGUUUAUGAGAGAGAAGACUUCAAAGGUCAGAUGAUGGAGUUCACUGAAGAUUGUCCCAAUGUUUAUGAACAAUUCCAUAACAAUGAUAUCUACUCCUGCAAUGUGCUUGAUGGUCAAUGGGUUUUUUAUGAAGAGAAAAAUUUCAGAGGACGCCAGUAUUACCUAAAACCUGGAGAAUACAGGAGAUACUUUGACUGGGGUGCCUCAAAUUCCAGGGUUGGGUCAUUCAGACGCGUCCAGCAUGUGUAUUAA